GAAAACUUGGUCACUGACACUCAAUAUCCAGUUUAUUGUGAGAAUGAUUCUUGAUAAAUCAAGAACCAGCCAGCAAGAAGUUGAGACUGCACUGAGAGCUGAGAGAGAUGGCAAGAAGACUCCGACAGUGCGAAGUCUGUGCGUUGCUUUUUCUGACUACUGCUUUGACGGUCCUUGGUCUUCCUACCACCAUACAGAGGCAGAACGAUUGGCUAUUGGGAAGUGACCUGCAACACCAGCCCAGCAGGGGGAUAGUUGACGAGCAGCUAUGGGGACCAAUCAGCCACUACAACUACGUCCUUCCCGUUAGAGUCACCAGGGGAUUCGGGGGAAGACAUUACAGUCCCUGGCAAACAUUCUCACGCCUUUGGGUACAGGGCCGCAACAAGGUUGCCCGUAACUCCCCACAACCCUGGAACGACGAAGACGCAAACACCGACCUCGAAGCGACCCCCCACGAAAUCCAGACAAGAGCAAAUCCGUGGCAGAAGUACGGAAAGUUGUGGGUGAACGGUGCAUCGAGACAAAACAAGCGAAUCUCGACCAAUGAAGAUGCAACAAGCCCCUUGGGAGGAAGUAAUCUAGAUGACCUUGAAGUAGAAAUAAGGUCAAACCCCUGGAAUAAGUUUGCCAACAUGUGGGUUAAGGGGCAUGGCAAGAGGGGCUUUGACACAGUUCCAGCCUUCUCUGAGCUCACGCCAUCAGAUCCCACAAAUAUCGAUAAACGACAGGUUACCAAUCCCUGGAAUACGUUUUCUAACUUGUGGGUCAAGGGCACGGGGAAGCGAUCAGCCGACGUAGUUAGCGAUUCUCAACUAGCUGAGCUCUCUGACCUGUUGGCUGAGAAGAGAGCAGGAGGGAACCCGUGGAAUAGGUAUGCUAAUAUGUGGGUUUCGGGCGUAUCGCAACCACGCGAGGGUAGAUCGAGUCCAUGGAAUACCUAUUCUCAGUCUUGGGUAUCUGGGAAGGGGAAGCGUAGCCCUUGGGGCAAAUAUGCCCAUCUAUGGGUGGAAGGUCAAUCCAAACUCAAGAGAGGACAAAACCCCUGGAAUGACUUUGCCCAUAUGUGGGUGGGGGGGAAGUCGAAGCCAGGCAAGCGAGAGGGGGGCGAACUAGAGGACCAUGUGAUUGAUCUCAGAGCGAACCCCUGGAAUGAUUUUGCCCAUAUGUGGGUAGGGGGGAAGUCAAAGCCAGGAAAAAGAGAAGGGGAACUAGUAGAAGACCACGAGAUUGAUCUAAGAGCAAACCCCUGGAACCAGUUUGCCCAUAUGUGGGUGGGAGGAAAGUCGAAGCCAGGAAAACGAGAAGAAAGGGAACUAGUAGACGACCACGAGAUAGACCUAAGAGCGAAUCCCUGGAACCAAUUUGCCCAUAUGUGGGUGGGGGGAAAGUCGAAGCCAGGAAAACGAGAAGAAGGGGAACUAGUAGAAGACCACGAGAUAGAUCUAAGAGCGAACCCCUGGAAUGAUUUUGCCCAUUUGUGGGUGGGAGGUAAGUCUAAGCCAGGAAAAAGAGAAGAAAGUGAACUAAAAGACCACGAGAUAAAUCUAAGAGCAAACCCUUGGAACCAGUUUGCCCAUAUGUGGGUUGGGGGGAAGUCUAAGCCAGGAAAACGAGAAGAUGGGGAACUAGACGACCAUCUGAUCGAUCUAAGAGCAAACCCUUGGAAUCAAUUCGCCCAUAUGUGGGUGGGCGGGAAGUCAAAACCAGGAAAACGAGAACAAGGGGUACUAGAGGACCAUGAGAUCGAACUAAGAGCGAACUCCUGGAACAAGUUUGCCCAUAUGUGGCUUGGGGGGAAGUCUAAGCCAGGAAAACGAGGGGAGAGUGAACUAGAAGACCACGAGAUAGAUCUUAGAGCGAAUCCUUGGAACCAGUUUGCCCAUAUGUGGGUAGGGGGGAAGUCAAAGCCAGGAAAACGAGAAGGGGAACUAGUAGAAGACCACGAGAUCGAUCUAAGAGCGAAUCCUUGGAAUCAAUUUGCCCAUAUGUGGGUGGGGGGCCAGUCAAAGCAAGUAAAGAAGUCUGAAACUAGCAAGAAUCAAUCCGAGGAAAGUGAUGGUCCACAGGACAGUAACAUCGAAAACCAAAGUGAAAAGCUUGAGGAUAAAAGCAUAGAUGAAAAAGCAAUGCAAGGUGAACCGCAAGAUGUUACCAAGAAGUCCAGCCCUUGGCAAAACUAUGGAAAAAUGUGGGUGGAAGGACAGGGGAAACGAGAUUCCAUCAACGGAGACCCGGUCGAAGAGAGGUCCUGGAAUAAGCAGGCACAGAUGUGGACAAAAGGGAUGAAAAAGGACCCGACAAUAUCGAGGGAAGGGAGUGAGGAGAGCGAAGGCGUUGAGACGCGUUCGGACCCGUGGGGCAAGCACGCUCAGCUCUGGACACAGGGUCAGUCCAGGCGACAGAAACGGAGCCUCGAGAGCCGAGGACCAAGACGACCAUGGACCACAUGGACGAAGUUGUGGAUCGGCGGGACAGGAAAAGGCGAGAGGGUCGCUCGGAGCAUCCGGGAAGACAGGAGGACGGGCACUGACUUCGGCUUCUGACAUUCAAACAAAGAUGAUUGAAUCAGAUGAUGACGAACUGUGAUGUGCUGCACCAAAAGAUGACUGAAGACAACCCAGACCAAAGGAGAUUCCUCUGAACUGAAUACAUUCCUAAUGUACAAAAGGAAAAAGGACUAUUUUCAAACAUAUAGCAGAGGCAAGCUCAUGUACGUAAGCAUUCUGUGAUUCAGAGGCAAGAUUGUUUGCCUCAUUCUGAGUCGAGAAAAGCACAAAGACGUACAAGUUGUAAGGCAUUAUAUAUCAAUAUUGCCUAGAGGUGAAUGAUGGAAAAUACUACAAACAACAUCUGCAAAGUCUGCAGGGAUAAUAGGAAAUAAAAACUCAGCAGAAGUUUUAAAGAAUCUGG